AUGAAAGAGAGUCUUGUGGCCCUCAUGUUGGCUUGUAUUGUGGGUUCUGGCCUGGCAGAGCUUACCGACAAACGCGCAAUGACCCUGCUUAACCGUUAUGGUUUCUCUGACGGGGAACCAAGCACUGAUAGCGACAUUAAACGAGCUGUAGAGGACUUUCAAGAUUUCUAUAGCCUUGAACAGACAGAUUUCAAUGUCAUUUUCUCAUUGUAUUCUAAUAAUAGUAUUUUUUCUUCUUUUUCUUUCCUUUUCUUUUUAACAAUACAGUGGUGGAGCGAUGUGUCGGCCCUUACCUUUGAAUACACGGCAGACCCGGCUAAUGCAGACAUUGCCAUUAGCUUCGUCUCUGGUGACCAUGGAGAUGGCUUGCCUUUCGAUGGGACUGAUUUAGCCCAUGCAUUCUUGCCUGUCGACCUUUUAGGACCCAUCGCAGGCGAUGUUCACUUAAACGACGCAAUACAUUGGGUAAGUUUCGACGAUGGGUUCCUUUUUGUGAUAUUGCAUGAAUUGGGCCACAGUCUAGGUUUGAGCCAUUCUCAAGACACCAAUUCCCUGAUGUAUGCAUACUACAAUGAACAACCGCUCCAACUUGAUGACAUAGCCGGAAUCCGUGCACUCUAUGGGGUAAAGUGCGGUGCACCGCCAGAGGGUUUCAAUACGGAGAGUGUCUUGAUAGAUGAAGGGUCUCCUGGAGAAGAAUAUACGUACACCUGCAUGGCGGGCUAUACAGCCAAUCAUUUGGACCUGCUGGUCGUCUGUGAACAGAACAAUACAGCAAUUACUGCAAGUUGGUCCCCUGGUGCACCUAAUUGCACGACAGAAAUACCAACAACACCGACAACAACUCAGAUGACACCAACAAUGAUGCCAUCGACAACACCGAUGACCCCAUCGCCACCCGAUGGUCCGACCACAAAGCAGAUGACAACAACGACACAACCGACAACCACACCGAUGGCAACACCGACACCACCAAGUAUGUUGGCACCUAUGUCUAAACUAAGAUACGAUACGAUACCUAUCACAGGCUACGAUACGAAGCUCGUUUAUGUCUGUACAUUCGAGACACGGACAAAAUACAAACAAUAA